GUUCGCAGUGAAAGGGCUGCGGCACGAUUACAGGGCGUUUCCGUUUGACGGCGGUGCCACGUCAGGUGCCGGAUCGCGGCUCCGGGGCGUGGAGGCGAGGCGAGCGCCUCAGUCGGCCACGGUGAGAGCGCUAGGACGCGUCUCAAGGGACUCAGGUGUGAGAGCUGACAGAAGCGGAAUCACUUCAUCAUGGAUGCAUGUAUGGAGGCUACGCGUUUGGAAGAGGCUGGUCAGUCCCACCUGCUGCGGUUCUGGGCCGAGCUGAGUGCGGAGGAACGUGUGGAGAUGACCCAGGACCUGAGGAGCAUGGACUUCCAGGAGAUCAACGGCUUCUUCCAGCGCGCCAUGAAAGAGUCAGGGCGAGAAAAGCAGGAGAAGGUGGACAGCAGGAUGGAGCCAGUACCCAGAGACAUGCUGGGCAGUGUGGUAUCUGACCGAGAGCUGCUCAAGGCGUGGGAGAAGGAAGGACUUCUGCAUAUUUCCCAAAGCAAAGUUGCUGUUCUUCUGCUGGCUGGAGGGCAGGGCACCCGACUGGGGGUCUCCUACCCAAAAGGAAUGUAUGACAUCAGCCUGCCGUCCCACAAAACCCUCUUUCAGAUCCAGGCGGAGCGCAUCCUCAGGCUUCAGCAACUUGCAGAGCAGGAACAUAAGUCAAGGUGCAGCAUACCAUGGUACAUAAUGACCAGCGGCCGAACAAUGGAGUCCACCAGAGAAUUUUUUUCCCAGCACAAUUAUUUUGGCUUGAACAAGGAAAAUGUAGUCUUUUUUCAACAAGGAAUGCUUCCAGCCAUGGACUGCAAUGGGAAGAUCAUUCUGGAAGGGAAAGGCAAAAUUUGUAUGGCGCCAGAUGGGAAUGGAGGGCUGUACAAAGCACUCGGUGCAGAGAAGAUUAUCGAUGACAUGGAGCAACGAGGGAUUGGUUACAUCCAUGUUUACUGUGUGGACAACGUCCUGGUGAAGGUGGCAGAUCCCACCUUCAUUGGGUUCUGUGUACAAAAAGGAGCGGACUGCGGAGCUAAGGUGGUAGAGAAAACCAACCCUACGGAGCCCGUGGGCGUGGUCUGCCAGGUGGAUAGACGAUCCCAGGUGGUGGAGUACAGUGAGAUCACCCAGGCGACCGCGGAGAAGCGCGGUGCCGACGGCCAGCUGGUGUUCCACGCAGGGAACGUGGCCAACCAUUUCUUCACUCUCUCCUUCCUCAAAGACGUUGUAAAUACCAAUGAACCUCAACUGCAGCACCACAUUGCACGGAAGAAAAUCCCGUUCAUAGAUGAGCAUGGCCAGUUAAUUCAGCCAGACAAUCCCAACGGUAUUAAGAUGGAAAAAUUCGUCUUUGACAUCUUUCAGUUUGCCAAGAAGUUUGUGGUGUUCGAAGUGCUGAGGGAGGAUGAGUUCUCGCCCUUGAAGAACGCAGACAGCCAGGAUGGGAAGGACAACCCUACUACCGCGCGACAAGACGUCAUGUCUCUGUACUGCCGCUGGAUCCUGAAUGCUGGUGGCCAGUUUGUUGACAAAUCUGGAAACCAGGUCAUUCCCAGUCCCAGUCUGGAGUCUGCGACAGGUGAAACAUUCCAGUGUGAGAUCUCUCCGCUGGUCUCUUAUGGGGGAGAGGGCCUGGAGGAACUAGUAAAAGGCCGGAAGUUUAAAUUUCAUCACCCUCUCAUCAUUGAUGAAAAGGGGAAUCUGGAACUUCUAAAAAAUGGGUAUUGACUUUCAAUGAGGAGACGGCUGCAGAUGACCAUUUACCAAAAAUACUGCAUGGGCUCUUUUUAUUUAGGGGGUGAAGGAAAAAAAAACCAUUUAAUUAUCAAUUUGUAAAUAGUAUUGUAAUGUUAGGUAUUUAUUCAGCUGACAUUUUAAAUAAGAUCAAUGUAUUUAAUCAAUGUGCAAUAGAAUGACAUAUUUAAGUUUUCCUUAUAGAAACCAAAUUGUAUUAUGUAAUAUUUUUGAUAAGUAUAGAAACUUGGGAAGUAUUUGGAAAUUAAACAAAGUUUUUGCAUCACUAUUUGAACUGUUUGUAUCCAUUGUGAAUGGGUUUCUAUUCCAGGUGUCUUUUCCAAGUUUGUGUGGGUGUUGAAAUCUGGUUGUUUAUCUAUGAUAGAAAAGUUGUCAACAGAUUUGGGGGGGUUGUUUGUGAAUCGUAUGCUGUGAAUUGUAUGUGGAUGAUAUGACAAUAAAGACCCACUUGACUUAA